UGUCAAAAUUGUUUUAUUUACAUUCCUUCGUUCAUCUGAGUCGGUGGAUUUGAAUAGCUUUGACAAAAAUUUGAAGCUGAAGAGCGACUAAAACAAUUUUGAUCAAUUUUCAACAUCAAAAUGAGAACAAUUUCUUUGGAAUUCAUUACCAAAUUGGUAAUACCAGCUUUGGUGUCAUCGAUUUUCAUGAUUUCGUUUUUUUCUUCGUAUUUUAGUUUGAAUCGUGAAAUGUCGCAACCAACGUACAAACUGUAUUAUUUCGAUAUUAGGGGUUUGGGUGAGCAAAUCCGUAUCUUGUUAGCCUAUGGUGGUAUCGAAUACGAGGACAUUCGCAUCACUCAAGAAGAAUGGCCUGCAAUCAAACCAACGAUGCCAUUUGGGCAAAUACCUGUACUUGAAGUCGACGGUACACGUGUCUAUCAAAGCACUUCAAUUACCCGUUAUCUCGCUAAACACGUCGGUUUGGCUGGUGCCGAUGAUUGGGAAAGUCUUCUGAUCGAUAUCGCCGUUGAUAAUCUCAACGAAUUCGACUCGAAAUUGGUCGCUGCUCAUUAUGAAAAAGAUGACGCCAUAAAAGCCAUAAAGUUGGCUGCUGUUAAGGACGAAAUCCUUCCAUUCUAUUUGGACAAAUUCGAAAGCUUCGCCAAAGAAAACAAUGGCCAUUUGGCUCUUGGAAAGUUGACUUGGGCUGAUAUUUUCUUCGUUGCUCAUUUGGAUUUCUUCAACAUGGUCGCCGGCUUCAAUGUGAUUGCCGACCGUCCAAAUUUGCAAAACGUAGUCAGCAACGUUUCCAAUGUUGAAUCAAUUAAGGCUUGGUUCGAAAAGCGACCAGAUAGUCUUUAUUGAGCACUUUCGUUCAAUUGUUUUGUUUUCAAAUAUGCUUUUAUUGUUUUUUAUUCUUUGAAAUGUUUAAAUAAAGACGCAAAUUAUAUAUGAUUGUUUUGAAAA